AAUAGUUUCCUGGUGCUCCAUGUGCUUCCUUGCAGAUUUUAGGUUGCACCUCUUGUUGGUUUGUUUGGGGAAUUUUUUUUCGUUGUUGCCUCACAAACUGCUUCUCAAGGCUUUUGCUGAGAAGCUGAUUUUGUCUUCUGGGAGUCGACACCAUUAAGAAGCUUGGUAUGGCUGUGUAGUGUCUCUGGGCUUAAAUCGAAUCAGCUUAAUAGCCUCAGCUUAAGGCUCUUUCAGAAGGGUCGAAAGUACAAAAAGCCUUAGUGGAUAACACCACCACCAGCACAUCUGUCAAAGCCAUACUUCAGGAAAGACUUCUUUGUGUCUCAGAAAGGUUCUCUAAUGAUCUUGUUUCACCAUGGCAACCAAUAUGGAGGUGCUGGCUCAGCAGGUAGUGGAGACUCAGCAGGUGGCUGAGGUGCAGACUGUUCAGACUUCGCUAUCUGAAUCUCCAGUGAUGACCAGCCCUUCCCAGCGUAUCCAGAUAAUUUCCACAGACUCCUCUGUAGCUUCACAACAACGCAUUCAGAUUGUGACAGAUCAGCAAACAGGUCAGAAAAUUCAAAUAGUGACAGCAGUGGAUUCUGCCGUGUCUCCAAAGCAACAGUUUAUUUUAGCCAGUCCAGACGGAACUGGUGCCGGAAAGGUGAUACUGGCAGCACCUGAGACAUCUAAUGCCAAACAGCUUAUCUUUACCACCACGGACAACAUUGUGCCAGGCAGAAUUCAGAUAGUGACAGACUCUGCUUCAGUGGAACGUUUGCUGGGAAAAACUGAUGUUCAGCGGCCCCAGGUAGUAGAAUAUUGUGUAGUCUGUGGCGAUAAAGCAUCAGGUCGUCACUAUGGUGCUGUCAGUUGUGAGGGAUGCAAAGGUUUCUUUAAAAGAAGUGUAAGGAAGAAUUUGACCUACAGUUGUCGUAGCAACCAGGACUGUAUCAUCAAUAAACACCAUCGGAAUCGCUGCCAGUUUUGUAGGCUUAAGAAAUGUCUAGAGAUGGGCAUGAAAAUGGAAUCGGUUCAAAGUGAAAGAAAGCCUUUUGAUGUGCAACGUGAAAAACCAACCAACUGUGCAGCUUCUACUGAAAAAAUCUAUAUAAGAAAGGAUCUGCGAAGCCCUCUUAUAGCAACUCCAACGUUUGUGGCAGAUAAAGAUGGGACACGGUCAGCAGGACUUCUUGAUCCUGGAAUGCUUGUAAAUAUUCAGCAGCCUUUGAUCAGGGAUGAUGGUACAGUCCUCCUAGCUGCUGACUCCAAGGCUGAAACAAGCCAGGGUGCUUUAGGAACACUAGCAAAUGUUGUAACAUCUCUUGCUAAUCUCAGUGAGUCACUAAAUAAUGGAGAUACUUCUGAAGUUCAGCAAGAAGAGCAAUCCGCAAGUGAGAUUACACGGGCAUUUGAUACUUUGGCUAAAGCACUUAAUACCACAGAUGGUACAGCAGCUCAUACCUUGGCAGAUGGGAUGGAUCCUACAGGAGGAGGGAAUAUUCAUGUAAUCAGUAGAGAUCAGUCAACACCAAUUAUUGAAGUGGAAGGACCCCUACUUACAGAUACACAUGUCACAUUUAAGCUGACAAUGCCCAGCCCGAUGCCAGAGUACCUUAAUGUGCACUACAUCUGUGAGUCAGCAUCACGACUCCUUUUCCUCUCUAUGCACUGGGCUAGGUCCAUACCUGCUUUUCAAGCUCUUGGGCAAGACUGUAACACAAGCCUUGUGCGUGCCUGCUGGAAUGAACUGUUUACCUUAGGCCUGGCACAGUGUGCACAGGUGAUGAGCCUGUCUACCAUCCUGGGAGCUAUUGUCAACCACCUCCAGAACAGCAUACAAGAAGAUAAACUUUCUGGAGACAGAAUAAAGCAAGUCAUGGAACACAUCUGGAAACUUCAGGAGUUCUGUAACAGCAUGGCCAAGCUUGAUAUUGAUGGAUAUGAAUAUGCAUACCUUAAAGCUAUAGUCCUUUUUAGCCCUGAUCAUCCUGGUCUGACCAGUUCAACCCAAAUAGAAAAAUUCCAGGAGAAGGCACAGAUGGAAUUGCAGGACUAUGUACAAAAAACCUAUCCAGAAGAUACUUAUAGGCUAGCCCGGAUCCUAGUUCGCCUGCCAGCACUUAGGCUGAUGAGCUCUAGCAUUACCGAGGAACUGUUUUUUACUGGUCUCAUUGGAAAUGUUCCCAUUGACAGCAUAAUCCCCUACAUUCUCAAAAUGGAAACAGCAGAAUAUAAUGGUCAAAUAACUGGCACAUCUCCAUAGUGGGAACAAUGCAAUUCAGUGGAUCGAAGUAAUUUUCGUAAAAAACAUAUAAUUACGAAGUUAAAAGAAUAGCAUUUUGGCUUGUGCAGAUAAUUCCAACUUGUUAUCAGUUUCCUGAACAGAUUUCUCCUUGUCUCUUUCCUGAUGUUGACAAAAUUUAAGCAGCUACUAAAAGACCUGCUAUAGAACCUUUUCUGCCACAAGGAAUAUUUUUGCUGCCUUUCAUUUAAAAGGCUAUAGAUUACUGAACAUACUUUUCACAUGCUUUGUAUUUAGAAAUUAUCAGUGGUUAAAAAGAGUUUUAUAAUAUCAGAGAUUAGUAAUAAAAUUACUUUAAAAGUAAAAAGAACAGUAUGUAUAUAUUUAAAAAUAUCCUUGGAAUUAAUGUCUAGUAAAUGCCAGGGUAUAAUACUAGCACUUUGUAAUCACUUCUUGUCAAAGUGACAGCAUCAUCAACAUCCUGCUUAUGAGUAUGGAAAAUGAAAAAAAUGCUUAUGUCCUUAGUCAAAAUGCCAGUGAUUUUUGUGAAAAGGUAGAAUGCUAUAGGAGACAAUCAUUUAUCUACAAAAAGUCACUUGCUCUUAUGUUAUUAUGCAUGAAAUAUUAAUGUGGAUUCUUAAAUCAGACAUCCACAUUAUAUGAAACUAUACACUGUUAAAUUAGUGCAGUUGUAAUUCAUAGUACAAUGCAGUCAUAGUAACUAUUAUGUGCUACAAGAAUUACCCCACACUAAGAGGAAAAAAAGUGUUUCUUGCCACAGUAAUGAUGAAAUAUUCGGGUUCCUUAAAGUGUGUAUUCAGACCAACACAAUCACAACACGUGUUAUUCUGAAAUCAAGCCUUUUGACUGUGGGGAAAAUCAGUCAUUAACUGGAAGAACAAUAAUUUUCAAGUAGAGCUGUGUGAUGCUUUUUAGUAUGCUCUUUAUAUUUUCAAAUUUACUACUUCUCUCUAUACUCCUGAAUACCCUCAUCAUCCAGUCACAGGUACGAUUUAAAACCUGAAAUGUGUAGAACCUGUGGCUGUCAGCAAGAGUAUAUUACAAAGCUCUCUCACUUUAUUAACUUCCCACCUCCUUCUCUCUCACUUUAUUAACUUCCCACCUCCUUCUCCCUCCCUCACUGAGCACUCCCGGUUUUGCAGUGCUCUCGACCUUCCUGUGACUCGGUUUGAAACCAAAAUAUAGUUAGGAUUUACUCUCAGUCAUGUACGAUUGCAGUUAAUGACUGAUACAUCAUGGAGUUAUAAAAUGGACUACUUUUUAAUUGUCUCGAGUGAUAAGCCAUCAACAUGUCUUCUAGUAUUGGUCAUUAGCUGCUAACAGCUUUCAUUUUAGUAUAAUUUAUUAUUAUGGAAUUCAAGUAUUUUAAACAAUCAAAGUUUUUUAAAAAAUGUCAUGGCAAUUAAUACUUUCAUCUGAUCCUGGCUCAUUAGAUUCAUCAAAUAUUUUAAUUAUUUGUAUUGUAGAGGCAUUUUUACUUUUGUAGUUUUAUGUGACAAAAAUCUGAUUAUAUGUUCAGCACUUUUGUUUUUCUUCUGUUACUCAUAUUUAUUUAGAAACAUCAACCAGGUUGGUGUUCAUGUCUUUCAGAGUCUGAAUUGGAGCUAAAAGAUCUUAAGCAGCUCUAGGUGAGGCUUCUGAAGUAAUAAAAAGUCCUGACCUGGUAUACUUCAUGCUCAUUAGGGGGCUCACAUUUGUAGCACUCAGUGUGGAACAGAAAGCUAUUUAAUUUUAACUUCUGGAUGCAUUAAUGUCUUUUACAGUUACCAUUGUUAGUGCAUUUAGAGUCUUCUCAGAAGGGUGUUACAAAUAGUUCAAUAUACAUGCAGAGAUUUGUAAUAUUGCACUUUUAUUUCUCCUGGCUUUUGCUAUAGCAAAUGAAAUUGUCAUGUUAUUAAUGUGAUGGAAGAUCUACCCUCUGUAUGUGAAGUUAGCUGGACUGCAGAAUUGAGUACCAACCAUUUGAUUGUGGUGUCCCUGCUGGUGGGAUUGUGUCAGAACUUCUGAUGCACAGUCCCUUUGUUAAGGGUACACAACUUUAAAAUCAAUGGUGCUAUUAACAUCAGAAGCAGUACCUGCCUUGGAAAGAGUUGGGGCCAUUUUUGUUAAAAUUUAAAAUUUUAUUCGGUUAUGUCAUAGUUCUAAAAGCAGAAUGCAUUGAACUAUUGUGAUAUUUUUCAUUGCAAAAAAGAGAUUAUGGAGUUUGAUUUGCUUUCAGUAUUUCAUAAAAAUCAUUUAAGCAGAUAAGUAAGCAUUGUUAGUGGCAAAUGAAAUAUUCCUUAGCACAAAAACUAGCCAUUGUAAUAUUUGUUUUUAAUCUAAACACACCAGAUGGCUUUUUCUUUGCAAACAUCAUUUCAACUUCUGAUUUUUCAAGUAAAAGGGCCUCAUUUUCUAUACAAAAAUAUUUUCCUAAUUUUUAUUACUUGUGCUGUGAUCAUAACAGUUCAGCAAACAAAAUAAAGGCAUUACAAUUUUUUUGGGAACAGAGGGAUCACAUGAAAUAAAAUUUAAAAUAUAUGCCUUGCAUUACAUUUGUAAACCAAAAUGGUGAGUAUCAUGCAGCUCUGUUUACAAAUAAACUACACUCCCCACAAAUGCAAGUCCACAUAAUGAUCUCCUUGAUCAAACUCUGGUAGUCGCUUACUCUGCAAAUAGUUCCCUGCUUGUUAGGGAUAAAAUAUUAAUUUUUGUAAGUUGAGUAGCAACCAUGCAAUCAUAGUUAGGUUUUAUUUAUUGUGCAUGCAUUUAAUAGAUGAAAUUAAGCAGUUCCAUAAUUAAGAUUCGGAUAUUACCACCUAAAAGCUAUAAAGUCUCUCUUUCCAUAGCAUUAUCAGCAUGAUUUGCUGGCUUUCAGUAGUCAGAACCAAACUAGUUAGUCCUGAUGCCAUUAACAAAAAGGGCUUUUUCUGACUAUACACUAUUUUGGUUCCAAGACUAACAUUUUGGAUUGUAGAAAUUUGGACUAUGAUGGCAAGUUCCUAGGGCUGAAGAAAUAUUCAGAAUCUAAAACUUUUUGUAUAUUUGAAUAUUAGCUAUAAAUAAAAGGAUAGUUGUGAUGAGUAA